AAGACGAUCCGCCGAGCGAUAGGCAGCAACUCGUACGCACGCACGCACUUUGUACAAGCCGCAUCCAAGCAUUGUCGAAGAAUGACAGCUGCAAUUUGGCCACUGAUAGCUAAUAAUUUUUACUAUCGUAUUUUUACUCGUGCAGGAUCAGAGCUUCGGCUGAAAAAUCGAAGAAGAAGGAGCUUUUAAACACAAACCCAGAGAGAUGUCAAGAAGAAAUAUUUUAUUGCGUGGCUAUUAUCUAUCCAAGUGUCGUUAUUAUUUUUUCCGGAACGGCAGUAGUAGAAGGGAGCUCGACAAAGAGCCGUCGACAUCAUCAUCAUCAUCAUCUUCCUCAUGAUUGGUGAUAGUAACUCCACAAUGUCCAGUGCACUCGAGCAGCUUCAUAAUGCGCAUUGCCGCUAACUUUACUCUCCAACGUCGAAUCAUCUCGCUUACACGUUAGGCUCGUCAGACGAUGAAAAAGUGCUCGUUUUUUUGUGUUUAUACUCUUCGAUGCUGUUUAAUUGCCGCACCACGUCGAUUUUGCGUUUGCUCUUGAACUCAAUGUAUUGACAGCUAUUUGGUCAUGCAGACCGGCAGAAAAUCAGUUAAAUGACGAUGAUGAAAUGGCGAAAUCGUCGUUCGAAACAUCCGUAGGAAGUCCGAAUUACAAAGUAAUCGGCGGAGUACGGCUGAAAAGAUGGAUAAUCGGGCUGCUGCUCUUUUUAUUGGCAUCCUUGCUGGCAAUCAACAGCUUUACAAUCAGCCAAUUCCAUUUGAUGCCACUUGGAACGAGUCCAACUGCAGGUAAUUACAUCCUCGAGUUGAAAAGUCAAACAACGCCGCGGGCCGCUGCCGCCGUUCGGGACGGUUACGUCGUCUACACCCAAGGCUGCCGCAUACCCGAUCUCAGCCCGUACGAGGCGUCGAACGCUCGAUACUUCGAUCAGCCCCAGCCGAUUGUUUGCGAGCACGGCAGUCAGCCGCCGCUCGUCGAGUCCAACAAUAGCGCCGUUUACGUGAAUCUCGAGGCCAAGCAGUUUUACUACAACGACACCGAGAGCCCGGAAUGUUGCUGGCGGCGCUUCUGGCGUAAGGACAACAAAGACGACGAAGUCAGUAUCAGCGAUGACUGCUACUACUUCCAGGACUCGUCGUUCGUCGACGCGGAAUUCGUCCGAGUGGAGUGCCAGCGUCGCAACGCCACCAUCUAUCGGGACUACUUUGCCUUCGUGCCGCGAAAGCUGCACGUGGAGGAGCGAUGCCGGAAGCGGCUCCGGGACUCGGCUCGCGCCGGAUCGCCCAGGAAGCUCAGCGUGCUCGUGGUCGGCAUCGACUCGGUGUCGCGGCUCAAUUUCCAUCGCGCCAUGCCGCGGACGGCGGAAAAACUGCUCGAGCUCGGUGCGCUCGAGAUGCUCGGUUACCACAAGGUAGCCGACAAUACCUAUCCGAAUUUGGUGCCGGUGCUCUCGGGCCUCGAGCAGAGGGAGUUCGAGAGGCUGUGCUGGAAAAAUCACAAGAGGCCCUUCGACAGGUGUCCCUUGAUAUGGAAAAACUUUCAGGCCGCUGGUUACAGGACCUUCUUUGCCGAGGACGCUUGCUACAUGACGACCUUCAAUUAUCUCAAACCGGGCUUCAGAAUUCAACCAACGGACUAUUACCUGAGGCCGUUCUGCGUAGCCGCGGAGGCAGAGAUCGGCAACACCCGCAAGCUCAACGCUAAUCUGUGCCUUGGCACACGCAUGAAUUACGACUACUUGCUGCACUACACGCGCAAAGUCGCCGAGGAAUUCGCUUCGGAUCCGUUCUUCGGCCUAUUCUGGGAGAGCAGCUUGACUCACGACUUCAUCGACUUUCCCCGCCUCGGCGACGACUCUUAUCGGGACUUUUUCGCCUACUUGAAGGACAACGAUCUACUGAGGGACACAGCCGUCGUAUUCAUGAGCGAUCACGGCAUGAGGUGGGGUCACUUUCGGCAGACCUAUCAAGGCAGAUUGGAGGACAGUCUGCCCUUUGUAUUUUUUCUCAUGCCCGAGUGGUGGAAAGAGGAGUAUCCAGAGGCUUGGCAAGAGUUGAAUAGGAACGCAAGGAGUUUGACGACGCCGUUCGAUUUGCACGAGACCAUCAGAGACAUGAUGGAUUUGAGCAGGCUGAAGUCCAAGCAGCAGCAGCAGCAGUCCAGCAACGAAGUAAAUAUCCCAUCAUCCCCUAGUCCGAGCAAGAGCAGCAAAGUGCCGCGAGGUAUCAGCAUGUUCGGCCAUAUCCCAUCGACGCGCAGCUGCGAAUCGGCCGGUAUCCCCGAGCACUGGUGCAUGUGUCGGAUACGCAACAGCGUCAACACGAACGACACGAGGGUCGUGGCGACCGCGGAGUUUCUCGUGAGCGAGCUCAAUCGCAUGCUCGAGCCUCACUCGCCGAAAUGCGCCAAGCUCCAGCUCGCCAACGUCGUAGACGCCAAGGCGGUGAGCGAGCAGCAGCCGACGAGCAGCAGCAGCAGCAGCUCGAGCGAGUCGAGCUCGACGACGACGACGACGACGCCAGCCCCGGUGUCCGCGCCCUGGACGGAUUACAGCGUGACCUUCGAAACUAGUCCGGGUGGCGCAGUGUUCGAGGCCUCGGUGCGUUACCACAUCGAGACCGGCCACGUCGAUCUGGUCGAUACCAUCAGUAGGCUCAACGCCUACGGCAAUCAGAGCUCCUGCAUCGACGAUUUUCACAUGAGACUCUACUGUUACUGCACGUAGUAUCGUUCGCGUAAUGUGUUCGUGUAUGUCGCAACGCGAGUGAUAUGCGCAUACAUCCUAUGAUUUUUAAUUUAUUUACAAAAACUACAUUUUCAGCCUUGACGGCUGAAUUAGCCAAGAUUUAUUAUAUUUUCAGGAAAUGGUAGCAGCAUAUACGCGAUGUAAAUAAACAUUAUAUUUUUUUAAAUCAUUUUUAUCGUUCAGCAAUAUAUGAUAGCUAUAUAUACAAAGUUUUAACGCUCCAUAAGAAUUGUUCGAGAUAAUUCUGAAUCUUCCCGAAAAUGAUCCUUCGGAGAUCGGUAACUCUGUAUACAUGAAAAUAUACCGUCGAUACAUUUUUUACGUAAUUUUACGAGAUUGCUCUAAAUAAGUAGCUGAAGAUGUUAGUGAUUUCAAAUUCAGAAUUUUAAAAACUUCAAAUAUUCUAUCCAAUAUAAGCAAUUUAAACAGGUAUGAGCAACUAUUGAAAUUAACGCGUUCCUGAUCAUUUUCCUGCUGGUAUAAUUAAUAUCGUCGUAAUUAAUCAUGGUUGCUAUAUAGAAUUUUAAUAAACUUAUUUGAUAGACAAAGUUAUGAUGCCAAAGUGUAAAUGUAAUAUUUUCAUGAACUUUUUACGCCAUCGUACGAUUACAAAGUAGAAAUAAAGAAAUUUAGAGCCUUUUAUUUUUUUUCCAACGAGGCAUGGAACAGACAUCCUCUACGUAAACAAGCAGUAUGCGUAAAUAUUCAUAAAAAUUUAGAAAAUUGUAAUUUUACUUGGCACAAAAUCUUAUUUUUUUUAAAUAAUGUACGCGCAACGUAUUGGUAAAUUUUUUUGAAAUACCAUAAUAGACAACAUUCUAUGAGUUGUCAUUCACGUACGAUUAUUAUGAGUGCGAUAUGAGCGCUUGAUGCAUGGAUUGAUGAUAUAUUGUAUGUUAUAAAGCCUGUAAUUGUGAUAUUUUUUAAAAGCCAUGUGCAUAAACAAUCAUACGAUGAAUCGUAUACGCAGGUGAAGCUAAAUAUUUUUACAUAAAAAUGCUUCAAUAAAAGAUAUAUCAUUCUCUAGAUAUAGGUUUUAAUAAAAUCUGAUGAAAACAAAACAAUUUCAAGGCUUACCGAAAGAAGCAAAAUUGAGAAUACAAAUUUCCUAAAGUUUUUCAAAUCACUGCUGAGUAUUUUUAAAAAAGCUACGAAGAAUGACAAAUAUAUAAAAAAUGCACAGCAUU